AUGGGUCAGGAUGCCCAGAAGAAGAAGGAGUUCAGCGCAGUCCUUCAGUGCCAAUAUUUCCAGCGCUUCCGUUUCCAGGAGACUUUAGGACCGCGAGAGGUCUGCAGCCACCUCCACUCUCUGAGCCGCCUGUGGCUGAAGCCUGAGGAACAUACAAAGGUGGAGAUGUUGGACCUGGUGGUCCUGAAGCAGUUCCUGGCCAUCCUUCCUGCAGAGAUGGAGCGCUGGGCGCUGCUGGAAGAGCGGCAGGAGAGAGAGACCCAGGAGGCCCCACCAGGCAACACCAGCCAGGGCUUCCCUUCUGGGUGGAUCAAGCUGGAGGAAGGCAAAGGAGAGUUUCUACCAGGAGACGAGCCAAGGGGGCUGGGAAGACACGGCAGCUCCACUCUUUCUGAUGUGGCAUCCAUUCAGCAAGAUAAGGUGAUAUUUGAAGAUGUGGCUGUACAUUUCAGUGUGGAGGAGUGGGCCUUACUGGAUCCGGAUCAACAGGCCCUGCACCGGGAGGUCAUGGAAGAAAAUUAUAGGAUGGUGGCUUCUCUGCGUGGUGAUGGAAAUAGGAGUGAAAAUGGGGGAGCUCCAAAUAAAAUGUGGUUGAAAGGAGCGAAAAGGAAAAAGGAGGAAGAAAAAAGGCUAAAAACAGAAGCAGAAGAAUAUAGCAGGAAGCAAUGCCCUGUCGACAUCAGGGAAAUCACAAUCAAAGAGACAAUAGACGAAAGCAGGGAGAUUGGAAACAGCCCUGUCUAUGAGAAUGGCUUCUUCCAGGAGGCAUCUAGUAUACACUCUGCACACAAUGAGGAAUGCCAUAUUGUAGGCAAGUCAUAUAAAUGCCUGGAAUGUGGAAAAUGCUUUCAUCAAAAAGGAAGCCUCAGUGUACACCGCAUAAUCCACACAGGAGAGAAGCCAUAUAAAUGCCUGGAGUGUGGAAAAUGCUAUACCCAAGAAUGUUACCUAAGGAGACACCAAAAAAACCACACAGGAAAGAAACCCUAUAAAUGCCUGGAGUGUGGAAAAGGUUUUUGUGUUAAGAGAAGUCUUAUUGGACAUGAAAGGAGUCACAGAGGAGAGAAACCCUAUAAAUGCCUGGAGUGUGGUGAUGGACAACGGAGUGAAAAUGGGGGAGCUCCAAAUAAAAUGUGGCUGAAAGGAGCGAGAAGUAAAAAGGAAGAAGAAAGAAGCCUAAGAAUGAAAGCAGAAGGAUAUAACAGGAAGCAAUGCCUUGUCAACACCAGAGAAAUCACAAUCCAAGAGACAGUACACAAAAGCAAGGAGAUUGGAAACAGCCCUGUCUAUGAGAACGGGUUCUUCCAGGAAGCAUCUAGUAUACACUCUGCACACAAUGAGGAAUGCCAUAUUGUAGGCAAGUCAUAUAAAUGCCUGGAAUGUGGAAAAUGCUUUCAUCAAAAAGGAAGCCUCAGUGUACACCGCAUAAUCCACACAGGAGAGAAGCCAUAUAAAUGCCUGGAGUGUGGAAAAUGCUAUACCCAAGAAAGUUCCCUAAGGAGACACCAAAAAACCCACACAGGAAAGAAACCCUAUAAAUGCCUGGAGUGUGGAAAAGGUUUUUGUGAUAAGAGAAGUCUUAUUGGACAUGAAAGGAGUCACAGAGGAGAGAAACCCUAUAAAUGCCUGGAGUGUGGAAAAGGUUUUUGUGUUAAGAGAAGUCUUAUUGGACAUGAAAUGAGUCACAGAGGAGAGAAACCCUAUAAAUGCCUGGAGUGCGAGAAGAGUUUCUCUUCAAAAGAUAGCCUAAAGCUGCACCAAAACGCUCACAGAGGAGAGAAGCCAUAUAAAUGCCUAGAGUGUGGAAAAUGUUUCAUUCAAAAUGCUCACCUUAAAAGCCACAGAAGAACUCACACAGGAGAGAAGCCCUAUAAAUGCCUGGAAUGUGGAAAAGGUUUUUCUCAUAAGAGGAUUCUUAUUGGACAUGAAAUGAGUCACAGAGGAGAGAAACCCUAUAAAUGCCUGGAGUGCGGGAAGAGUUUCUCUUUGAGAGAUAGCCUAAAACAGCACCAAAACACUCACUCAGGAGAAAAGCCACAUAAAUGUCUGGAGUGUGGAAAAUGCUUUACCCAAGAAGGUAACCUAAGGACACACCAAAAAACCCACACAGGAAAGAAACCCUAUAAAUGCCUGGAGUGUGGAAAAGGUUUUUGUGAUAAAAGAAGUCUUAUUGGACAUGAAAUGAGUCACAGAGGAGAGAAACCCUAUAAAUGCCUGGAGUGCGAGAAGAGUUUCUCUUCGACAGUUGGCCUAAAGGUGCACCAAAACGCUCACAGAGGAGAGAAGCCCUAUAAAUGCCUAGAGUGUGGGAAAUGUUUCUCUUGGAAAGGACACCUCAAGAGACACAAAAGAACCCACACAGGAGAGAAGCCAUAUAAAUGCCUGGAGUGUGGGAAAUGUUUCUCUUGGAAAGAACACCUCAACCGACACAAAAGAACCCACACAGGAGAGACGCAAUAUAAAUGCCUGGAGAGUGGAAAAUGUUUCUCUUGGAAAGGACACCUCAAGAGACACAAAAGAACCCACACAGGAGAGAAGCCAUAUAAAUGCCUGGAGUGUGGGAAAUGUUUCUCUUGGAAAGAACACCUCAACCGACACAAAAGAACCCACACAGGAGAGACGCAAUAUAAAUGCCUGGAGAGUGGAAAAUGUUUCUCUUGGAAAGGACACCUCAAGAGACACAAAAGAACCCACACAGGAGAGAAGCCAUAUAAAUGCCUGGAGUGUGGGAAAUGUUUCUCUCAAAAAGAAGGCCUCAGUACACAUCAAAAAACCCACACAGGAGAGAAGCCAUAUAAAUGUAUGGAGUGUGGAAAAUGUUACUUUCAGAAAGGAAACCUCAAGACACACGAAAGAACCCACACAGGAGAGGAGCAAUAUCAAUGCCUGGAACGUGGAAAAGGUUUUUCUGAUAAGAAAAGUCUUAUGGGACAUGAAAUGAAACACAGAGGAGAGAAACCCUAUAAUUGCCUGGAGUGUGGGAAGAAUUUCCGUUCGAAAACUGGCCUAAAACUGCACAAAAACACCCACAUAGGAGAGAAGCCAUAUAAAUGCCUGGAGUGUGGAAAAUGUUUCAUUCAAAGAGCACACCUCAAAAACCACAAAAGAACUCACACACAUGAGAAGCUAUAUAAAUGCUUGGAGUGUGGAAAAGGCUUUUAUGAAGAGAGCAGUCUUAUUAGACAUGAAAUGAACCACAAAGGAGAGAAACCCUAUAAAUGCCUGGAGUGCGAGAAGAGCUUCUGUUGGAAAAAUAGCCUAAAGGUGCACCAAAACACCCACACAGGAGAGAAGCCAAAUAAAUGCCUGGAGUGUGGAAAAGGUUUCCUUCAGAAAGGAAACCUCAAGCGACACGAAAGAAUCCACUUGCAAGAGAAGCCCUAUAAAUGCCUGGAGUGUGGAAAAGGUUAUUCUGAAAAGAGGGCUCUUGUUGGACAUGAAAUGAAUCACAGAGGAGAGAAACCCUACAAAUGUCUGGAGUGUGGGAAGAGUUACAGCCUUAAAGCUGUUCUUGCAGCUCACCAGAAGAGUCAUACAGGAGAGAGUGAGAAGAGUUUUAGCUACAAAUCAGACCUCAAAAAUGUCCAGGAAAGUCAUAUAGAAAACAAAACCAAAGACAUGUCCAGAAUGAGGGAAGAGCUUCCAUUGGAGAGUAGUCUCAAGGUCCAUUWAAAAAAAACCCACACAGGAGAGGUCAAAAAGCCUGGAAUCUUAUCUGAGUGAACUACAAAUCAAGCCUCGAAGAUUAUCGGAAUGUUCAUAGAAAGAGAAAUUCUACAUAUCCCUGCAUUUUGGAAAGAGUUGAGUUGCACAACAAGCUUCACGGUGUACAAAAAAAUCAAAAUGGGAAAGAAACCAUGGAAAUGCCUUCACUCAAAAGAAAAAUCCACUUGAGCAUGAAAUGAAUCUCAAGAAGAGAAAAACCUCUAAAUGCUUUAAGGGUGGGAAGAGUUGUGUCCUCCAAUCAGGUCUCAAAACUCUCCAGGAGAGAAAGCAUACACACGCCAAGAGCAUGGGAGAGAACCUGGCAGAUUCAGCCCAGUCCUGGCCUUGUGGUCCUGUUGCUGCUUCACCUGUUGAGAUGAUGUGGUUUCCACACUGCUUUCCUCCUUUUCAGCUCUUUUGUGCUUGUUUUAGAA